AUGACCAUCAAGUACCGCCCCGGAAAGGACAUUCCGAUCGCAGACGCACUAUACCGACUGUCGCCAGAGGAAACAGAGCCAAUUGAGGACCUCUACGUCAGUGUACACGCCGUGUUCCCGCAAUUCAGCGAUGCAGCGAUGAUGAGGAUCCGCGAGGAGUCGGCUAAAGACGCCGAGAUGUCAGCACUGAAGGAGAUGAUCUUCAGUGGCUGGCCAUCAGAGAGGAGCGCGGUGCCGGCAAUUCUGCUCCCGUACUGGAAUUUCCACGACGAGAUGAGCACCGAGGACGGUCUCAUCCUGAAGAGCAGUCGCCGCCACCAGAGCAGUCAAGCCAAGGAACCACUGGUGCAGCCCGAUAUUCCGCCAAGGGCAUGGCACACCUUAGGCACGGACCUGUUCUACCUCGGCGGGUCAGAAUACCUCAUUGCCGCCGACUACUACUCCAAGUACUUUAUCACCCGGAAGCUGCCUGCCGGACAAGCGACCAGCAGGGCCAUCAUCCAGCACCUCAAGGAGAUUUUCGGUGAGCACGGCAUCCCAGCCGUGCUGAAGUCGGACAACGGGCCGCAAUACAGCAGCCAUCUGUUCGCGGAGUUUGCUGCCGAAUAUGGAUUCCGCCACAGUACGUCGUCGCCACAUCACCCGCAGAGUAACGGGUUUAUAGAAUCGCAAGUAAAGAUCGCUAAGAGAGCUCUCGAGAAGGCAAGGGAGAGCAGGACCGACCCGCACUUAGCACUGCUGUGCAUUCGCGCCACCCCAGUGUGCCAGGGCUUACCGUCGCCGGCCGAGAUGCUGUUUGGUCGUCAGGUACAGGACAGCCUGCCUCGCAAACACCAGCGCGACACUCGGGACGAGGCCAUCCGACAGAAGCUCGAGGAACGGCAGGACCAGCAGAAAGUACACCAUGACCAGCGAGCGCAGUCUCUCCGCCCCCUAGUUCCUGGUCAGCACGUUGGCAUCCGCAGCCCGACCACGCACCUGUGGAAACCUGGUAUCGUAACCCAGUCUGUCAACGGGCCACGGUCGUACAUGGUGCAGCCUGACCAUGGGACAGAAGUGCGGCGCAACCGUACCCACCUCAGAGAGAGGCGGGUCCACUUCCCGCCGGAUGCCAGUCUCGCAGGCCCUCAGCUGCCGAGUGACGUGCCGUCGCCGUGGAGCGACGUUAGCCAGUCUCAGCCGCCGUCACCGUGGGACGUCAGCCAGCCUGCUGAACCUGCCACCCAGCUGUAUCGAACACGGUCUGGCCGCGCAGUCGCACCGAGGUCAAUCCUGGAUGUGUAG